UACAUACCUCCGCAAAGAGCCCGCGUCCGUACCUCACGUUGCAAAUAAUGCAGUUGCUCGGCAUCAGCAACGUCCCCGCUUUCCCGGAAACCCGGGUCCUUUUCCUAGCGCCGGCGCUCAGUGGUGAGGAGUGUGCACUGCUAGGAAGGAUUAAAGGGGAAAAAAUGUUUCCCUUGAAGGAUGCCGUGAUGGGUGCCUCCACUUUCUUUGCUUCAGCUCUGCCACAUGAUGUUUGUGGAAGCAAUGGUCUUCCUCUGACACCAAACUCCAUCAAAAUUUUGGGCCGUUUUCAAAUCCUUAAGACAAUCACUCAUCCCAGACUUUGUCAGUAUGUGGACAUUUCUAGAGGAAAGCAUGAGAGGCUGGUGGUGACUGCUGAACACUGUGAAAAGAAUCUGCAAGAUUUGCUGCGGGAUGGGAAACCUGUGAGCUUUUCAAGGAUUUUACGCAUAGCAUUUGAAGUAUUGCAGGGCUUGCAAUAUAUGAACAAACGAGGAAUGGUCCACCGAGCACUCUCCCCUCACAAUAUUCUCCUGGAUCGAGAGGGACAUAUUAAAUUGGCUAAGUUUGGACUAUACCACAUGACAGCUCAUGGUGUUGAUGUUGAUUUUCCUAUAGGGUACCCAUCAUACCUGGCACCUGAAGUAAUUGCACAGGGAUUUGUCAAACCUAGUGAUCACACUCAGUGUGAGAAGCUGCUGCCCUCUGGCCCUAAAUCAGACGUGUGGUCUCUUGGUAUUAUAUUAUUUGAGCUUUGUGUGGGUAGAAAACUGUUCCAGAGCUUGGAUAUAGCUGAAAAACUAAAACUUCUGCUUACAUUAGGCUGCAUGGAUGACAUUGUAACCGUAUUAGCUGAAGAACAUGGUUGUCUGGACAUUAUUAAGGAGCUUCCUCAAAAUGCCAUAGCUCUACUGAAGAAAUUCCUUACAUUUCAACCUUCCAAAAGGCCAACUCCAGACCAGUUACUGUGUGACAAUCUGUUCAGUGAAGUGGCCUCUGUACACCCUCCCUUCCACAAACCUGUCAAUCUGUUCUCCUCCUCUCUGAGAUGUGCUAAUUUAACUCUUCCAGAGGACAUCACUCAGCUGUGUAAAGAUGAAGACUGUGACUACCUAGCAGAAAGAUCGAUUGAAGAGGUGUAUUAUCUCUGGUGUUUGGCUGGAGGAGACUUGGAGAAAGAACUUGUCAACAAGGAAAUCAUUCGAUCAAAACCACCCAUCUGCACGCUCCCCAACUUUUUGUUUGAAGAUGGUGAGAGCUUUGGGCAAGGACGAGAUAGAAGUUCUCUCCUAGAUGACACAACUGUGAUACUGUCGCUGUGUCAACUCAGAAAUAGACUGAAAGAUGUUGGUGGGGAAGCAUUUUAUCCAUUGCUUGAGGACGAGCAGUCAAAUUUACCCCAUUCAAACAGUAAUAAUGAACUAUCUGCAGCAGCCAAUCUUCCUCUGAUCAUCCGAGAGAGGGACACGGAGUACCAACUACACAGAAUUGUUCUAUUUGACAGACUACUGAAGGCUUAUCCAUACAAAAAAAAUCAAGUCUGGAAGGAAGCCAGAGUUGACAUUCCUCCACUUAUGAGAGGUUUAACUUGGGCUGCCCUGCUGGGUGUUGAGGGUGCCAUUCAAGCAAAGUAUGAUGCUAUUGAUAAGGACACUCCAAUUCCUACAGAUAGACAAAUUGAGGUUGAUAUUCCUCGCUGUCAUCAGUACGAUGAGCUGCUGUCAUCACCAGAGGGUCAUGCAAAAUUUAGACGGGUAUUAAAGGCAUGGGUAGUUUCCCAUCCUGAUCUUGUGUACUGGCAAGGUCUUGAUUCACUUUGUGCACCAUUUCUAUACUUGAAUUUUAACAAUGAAGCUCUUGCAUAUGCCUGCAUGUCUGCUUUUAUUCCCAAGUACCUGUAUAACUUCUUUUUGAAGGAUAAUUCUCAUGUCAUUCAAGAAUACCUGACGGUGUUCUCCCAGAUGAUUGCAUUCCAUGAUCCAGAGCUGAGUAACCAUCUCAAUGAAAUUGGCUUUAUUCCAGAUCUGUAUGCUAUUCCUUGGUUUCUCACAAUGUUUACACAUGUCUUUCCACUGCACAAGAUUUUUCAUCUGUGGGAUACAUUAUUGCUUGGCAAUUCUUCCUUCCCAUUCUGUAUUGGAGUGGCUAUUCUGCAACAACUGCGGGACCGGCUUCUGGCUAAUGGAUUCAAUGAAUGCAUUCUGCUCUUUUCAGAUUUACCAGAAAUUGACAUUGAACGUUGUGUCCGUGAAUCGGUCAACCUUUUUUGCUGGACCCCUAAGAGUGCAACAUACAGGCAACAUGCACAGCCUCCAAAGCAAGCCAGUGAGGGCAAUGGCUCAAGAGGUUCAAUGUCCUGCUUCACAACAGAUUAUCAGGAUGCACCUAAAAGUGACCUGUCUAGGGACUCUAUCCAGUUGAAUGACCUGAAAGCAGAAAUGUCACCACGGAUUUCAGCAGAAGAUCUGAUUGACUUGUGUGAGCUGACGGGACCUAGUCACUUCAAAACGCCUACAAAGAAAACCAAAAAUAGCAAGCCAAAACUGCUUGUAGUUGACAUCCGUAAUAGCGAAGACUUUAAUCGCGGCCACAUUUCAGGCAGCAUCAACAUUCCAUUUGGCUCAGCAUUCACUGCGGAAGGAGAGCUCGUCCAGUGCCCUGCUACUGCCACACUCCAGAGCUUCAGAGGAAGAGUUGUUGUGAUUGUAGGACAUGUGAUGAAGAACACGGCUUCUUUUGCAGCUCAUCUAGUGCAAAUCAAAUAUCCAAGAGUCUGCAUUCUGGAUGGAGGCAUAAACAAGAUCAAGCCAACUGGUCUUCUGACAGUUCCUUCUCCACAGAUAUGAGCCACUACAAAUUUUGAGAGAAUUUAAAGUUAAAGGGUUCCGUCGACUGUAUGUGAGCAUCAUAAAAACCCUAAGGGCAUUAAGACAUCUGCAGUAUACAAGAAAUCCAGAUUAUUAGUGUCUUUCCAUGUGGCUCUGGAGUGAAAGAGCUUUGAUUUUAUCAUUUGAUAUGGAAUUUCAGUUGGACUGGAUGAAAAAUGUGAAGCUUUAAGUCUGGCAAGGGACUUCUUUCAGCAGCAAUGAAAUCUGCAUCGAGCAUUGUCAGGUUCCAGUAGAAAAGCAGUGUAGCUCAGCUUGCGAAGCAAAUUGAUGUCAGAGAUGACUAUCUGUUUUUGGAAGAAGGUUAUAUAGUCUCCCAGGAGUGAGGUCGAUGGGAGGCAGUGCCGAGGAUGUCUCUACUCUUGGUGAAAACCACAAGGCAAAAAAUCUCAUUAGCUCUUGGCCAGGGGAUGAUAUGCAGCCAGAGCACUCUAUGUACAUACAGUACGUUCCCCAUCAUACAGUACAGCUUGUAAUUGGUGAAUGCUUCUAGGCUGAUGUUGAAAAUCUGCCAAGCUGUCAAUCGCAGUCUAAAGUGUAAAACAGCUUGGAAAGCCCCUGUGAGUGAAGAAGAGUCAGUCUGGCAGAAGACUGGAAUAUUGAGCGUAAUACAGAUUUGUCAGUCUAUCAUCACUUGAAGAACGAAUAUCGUUUAGGAGCGAUAUGUCCAGGCAAAACCUAUUUUGAUACCCUGGAUCUUGGGGGGAAUCGUAACUGCUGAAGUUGGGAGUCACAAGGUGAGGACUGAGGUGCUGCAUUGGAACAGGAGCACUGGAACCUGGGUCUCCCACUGCCUAGGGGGCUGGUGACAAUUCAAUAAACUCCGGCAAUCAAAUCAGGCAGAGUAAUUUUUAGAGGUGAGUGAUGAACUAUCCAGGGUACUCUUUGACUAGGGGUGGUUUGGAGCCAUUAUAUGCUGUACAUCAACAAAGCGAAUAUGUAGCUGUUUAUAGUAUUAAUCUUGCCUCUUGCUAUAAUGUUCAUUUGUUUAUCCCAUUCAAGCAUAGACAGUGGCAUAAUAAGGUUGUAUACUGUACUACAGAUGAAAGGUCCAUUCACUACUUAUGAAAUUAAUGAAAGUUCAGAGAUCCCAAAUCCUCCAAUUGGUACAUGCCUGCACAUUUGCAUGUUGAAAGGGCAGAAGAAAUGCACUGACCUGUGAUACACCAUCUGCACUAACAAAACUUCCAUAUGCCCAGUCCUAAUUGCAAAAUGAUUAAAACCUGGGUGGGUCUUUCUUCUGGGGAUGAAAUGCCAUUUUACCUGAACCUCCAAGGGCUGUAACAUGUUUUAACUGUCUUACCAAAUCAUAUCUUGGUACAAAGUAUGUUUUAAUCCUUUUAGGAUGAGCUAACAAACACACUGUAGAUUUGCUAACCCAAGGUAUGUCCCAAUAAAAGUUUGAAAUUAGGACUUUGUCUUGCAAUGUCAUCCUUAUGGACAGGGUGUGCAAGACUAGACAGGUUUUUGUUGAAACCAGAAAUAACUUUUAUAAGAUCAUACAUAAUGAUACAUUGAGCUUACAUUUAAUUAAAAGGUCAUAAGGCCUUUUGUCUUCUGGCUGUACCUUUUUGAAAUAUUAAGGUUGUCUCCCUAGAACAACAAUCUAACUUUGCUUCUAACUUUCUUAAAGAUAAGUUUGUCAAAUUUAAAAUUGAUUUUCAAUGCUGAUAAAGUUUUUUCAUUUAAAAAAGGCUAGACAAGCCAAGUAGAGAAAUUCAACAUUUCUCCACAGAGUUGUACAUUUAUCACACCCAAAAUGGAUGACUAAAAGAAAAAGCCCAAUAUUCUGAUAAAUAUUAAUUCCAUCUAGAACUAACAUUUUAGCUCUAAACGUUCUGUUGCAGUUUUCUGAGCAGUCUGGCAAGGACCUUGUACAGAUGCAAGAUUCAGUGGCCAGUUAUAUUUCAAUGCAUUAGAGCAACUGACUCACUUGUGCUGCUUAGAUAGUAACAAUUUACUAUCGGCACAGAUUGUGGCCUAUCCUAUUAAUUGUCAAUAGCAAAACUGCCGCUGACUUCAACAAACUCAAUGCUGCAGAUUGUAAAAGCACCUCCUUGGAGGUGCUCAGCAUCCUACACUCCCAGAGAGAUCAAUGGGAGUUAACAAUAGGCAGCGUCUUGCUCAUCAGCUGGUGUAAACUAGUUUAGUACUAUGACAAUCCAUUGAAUUACACACCAGAGUACACCAGCUGAGGAUCUGGCCCUUUGUUUUCAGUCAUAACCUCAUGUAAAAAAAAUCACACUAGUAUUUAGGGCCAAAAGAUAGAAAACGUCAGGACACUGCUGAUUUAUCAGUGCUCACCAGCAGAGGGUCAAAGAAUACACAGAGCUCACAUACUGUAUUUUAGCUUGAAAACACAGCUGCCAUUUACCUUGCAGCUGAACUCCGUAAAUAUAA